GAAGUUGAUCAAACUUCAACAUUCUCGAUCUGCACGUUUCACGUCUCUCUUUCUCUCCCAUCCUCUUUCUCUUUCGUCUCUUCUGUUUGUGUGUAGAAUUGAAAAAAGCUUUUGAAGCUUUGGGAGUAAAAGAUGGUGAGCCAUUUGAGGAUGUUUUCACUUGGUUUUCUUGUAUUGGUUCUGGGGAUUAAUAGUAGCAGAGUUAAUGGAGCAGUUUCUCAUGGAAUGAUGGAAAAGAUUGAUAAAAUAAAUGGAAGGGGUCCAUACUUGGGUAUUGUGGUGCCAAACUCCUAUGAGAUGGACCCUCUUCUCCAUUCUCCAAGUUUUUUGGCUGAUGACGAGUUUCCCUACUUUGAUUUUUCAGGAAGAAGGUUUCGAUUUGGAGUGGUGGGAAAUGAAAAGGUCAUAGUUGUUAUGACAGGAUUGAGCAUGCUGAAUGCAGGUAUAACUACACAAUUACUGGUAAGUGUAUUUGCAGUGAAAGGAAUUGUGCACUAUGGAAUUGCUGGAAAUGCAAAUCCUAAUCUCCAAGUUGGAGAUGUGACUAUCCCCUACUCUUGGGCUCAUACGGGUCUUUGGAAUUGGCAGAGGUAUGGAGAUGGGCCUAGUGAUGAGUUAGCCUUGGAAUCUGCUGGAGACUUCACAAGAAAAAUUGGUCACCUCGAAUUUUCUGAUUACAGCAAUGAAACUGAAAAUGGGAAGCCUGUGGGGAAUUUUCUGAACAAUGUUUGGUAUCAACCAGAAGAAAUCUUCCCUGUUUAUGGUACUCCUGAAGUUCGGCAGCAUGCCUUCUGGGUUCCCGUCAACAAGCAUUACUUCACAGUUGCAAAGAAACUCAAGCAGGACUUGAAGUUGGGAAGUUGUGUCAACACAACAACUUGUCUACCAAGAAAACCCAAAGUUGUGAGGGUGAAGAGGGGGGUUAGUGCCAAUGUUUUUGUUGACAACAGUGCCUACAGAUCAUUCUUGAAUGCGAAAUUUAAUGCCACUCCAAUCGACAUGGAAAGUGCUGCGGUUGCUUUGGUGUGUCUUCAACAAAAGACACCUUUUAUUGCAAUUAGGUCUCUCUCUGAUCUGGCUGGUGGCGGGUCUGCUUUGUCGAAUGAAGCUGACAUCUUCUCCUCAUUGGCAGCACAAAAUGCAGUUGAUGCUGUAGUUAGAUUCAUCACCUUAUUGUUUUCAUAAUUAUAUUUUCUUUUACCCCUGAAAAGCUAUUUUCUCAUUCAAAAACAUUGUGUUCCAUCAAUAAGAAAUUACCAAAUAAAAAUGUACUUAAAUUUGGACAUAUAAUAUAUGACCACUGGAUUUCAUUUUAUCAUCUGCGUGAUGCUAAUCCAAUGAGAUAAUUUCAUUUUCUGAGA